CAAGCAUAUCCAUUCCGGACAAAAACGGCCCGGGAAGGACAGCACCAGGUGCAACCUCUCUGAAAUCGGACAAAGUUCGGGUGACCUCGCCCACUCAGUCGCCACUGGUAGGUGCCCUGUCCAGUCAAUCGGAUCUCAAUGCGAAGGCCACAGCCGCCAGCAGGUACCGAACUGACUUUGAGGAGAUCGAGUUCAUUGGCAAGGGAGGCUUCGCGGAUGUGGUCAAGGUUAAAAACAGGUUAGACGGGCGCAUCUACGCCAUCAAGAAGAUUAAAUUGGACGGCAAGGACGCCCUCUUCAACAACCGCAUCAUUCGCGAGGUUACGCUGCUGUCACAACUGCACCACGAGUACAUUG